CGGAGAGCUGGACACCAGGAGAUAGCCAGCGAUGAUGAUUCUCUCCACUUGGCUGCCUACAGUUCUGCUGUUGGUCUCAGUACAUGGAAACACAGCCACUGCCGAUGAAGUGUUUGCCGUGGAAGGAGGCUCGGCUGUGUUGCCAUGUACGUUCACCCUCCCAGCCACUGAUCACAUCCUCAAACUCAAGCUGCGCUGGUUCAAAGGUGACCUGCGGGGUAUGAAUGCCAUUAUUACGUGUCUGUUCACUGCUCCCUUCCACUCCUCGUGCGAUGAAGUGAGGCAUGAGGCAAGAGGAGAUCGGUUUAAGUUCAUCGGGAACCUCAGCCGGGGAGAUGCCUCGAUAAUGGUGGAGCGACUGGGACAGGAGGAUAAUGGUCUAUAUCAGUGCAAUGUGAACAACAUCGAUGGACGUCCUCUAUUACAAAAGGUCAUUCACCUGACUAUGAGAGCACAUUCUACUGCGUUCUGA